AUGUGCACCAUCAGCUCAGAUCAGUCUCGUAUGCCCGUACUAGUCGGUAUGGGCAAUCCUCUAUUGGAUAUCUCCGUCAACACUGAUGCUGAGAUCCUCGAUAGAUACAAGCUCCAGCCGAACAAUGCCAUUUUAGCCGACGAUUCGCACAUACCACUCUACCCCGAAGUGACCAAAAUGUCCGGGGUGGAAUAUAUAGCCGGCGGAGCGACGCAGAAUUCUAUGAGAGUUGCCCAGUGGAUGCUUGGUGGCCGAGGUGAUGCUGCAUUCAUUGGAUGUGUUGGAAAUGAUCAUUACGCGAAAAUCAUGCAAGAGAACUGCCAGAAGGCCGGAGUGAUCACUCGAUAUCUCGUUGAUGAAUCUACACCCACUGGGACUUGCGCUGUUUUGGUCACUCACGAAGGGCAAAUGCGUUCGUUGGUCGCUAAUUUGUCUGCUGCUAUCAAAUAUGAUCACAUUCACAUUCACGAUGCUGAGAAUUGGAAACUUAUUGAGCACGCACGUGUUAUCUAUUCUGCCGGGUUCUUCGUUGCUGUAUCACCCAAGGCUAUCGAAAUGGUAUCUAAUAAAACUAUUGAGACCGGCGCGUUAUAUUGUAUGAACGUUGCGGCCCCGUACAUUGUGGAAGUACCCGAGUUCAGGAAGGUUGUUAUCGAUACGCUCCCGAAGGUUGACAUUCUGUUCGGCAAUGAGAUCGAAGCUAAGGCGUUGGCUAAGGCGCUGGAGUGGGAUCCCGAUAUGAGUAUUCCUGAGAUUGCUGUGAAGUUGGCCGAAUUACCAAUGGUUGAAGGGAAGAAGGAUCGGGGGAGGAAGGUGGUCAUUACACAAGGACCUCUUGAGACGUAUAUUGCCAAUACGGGUAGUAGUACCGCAUAUGAUAUCAUCUCGAUCGCCGACCACGAUAUUGUUGAUACUAAUGCUGCUGGUGACGCUUAUGUGGGAGGUUUUUUAGCGGGAAUUCUCAAAAAUUGUGAUGAUCAGAUGUGUGCGGCUGCGGGAGCAUAUGCGGCGUGGGAGGUGAUUAAACAAAGCGGGUUUUAUGAUUGUUUACAUGAGCACGGCAUUCGAAAGCUUAUAUGA